CCGCGGCACUCGUCGUCAUCGUCAUCCAUUCUCGCAUCAACCAAGAGACGCCACGAGCGCGAAGCGAACACACGAAGCGUUCGUCAAGCAAGAACAGAGUUUGUUUGUGCCGCGAUGGCGCAGGAGAGCCUGAGGCUGGUGUCGCACCCGAUCGCGGCGCACGAGGGGCGGCUGCCGCGGCACUACACGCUGGAGGGGCAGGGCGCGAAGAAGGACAUCUCGCCGCCGGUGGAGUGGUACGGGGUGCCCGACGGGACGCGGUCGCUGGCGCUGGUGGUGCACGACGUCGACGCCCCGGACCCGGACGGCCCCAUCGUGCCGUGGACGCACUGGGUCGUCGCCAACAUCCCGCCCUCCGUCAAGGGCCUCCCCGAGGGCUUCUCCGGCAAGGAGGGCGCCGCCGCCCGCGAGUACGGCGGCAUCCAGGAGGGCGUCAACGACUGGAAGCAGCCCGGCUGGCGCGGCCCCAUCCCUCCCUCCCGCGGCCACCGCAUCCAGUUCAAGCUCUACGCCCUCGACGACGAGGUGCACCUCGGCAACAAGGUGACCAAGGACAAGCUGAUGGACGCCAUCGAGGGGCAUGUGCUGGGAGAAGCCGAGCUCAUGGCCGUCUUCUAGGACGCGAGCUCUCUGCAUUUUGACACCCCUGUGAGACUGUUCUUUGCAGAGCUUGUACCAUAUCACAAACUUGUUGAACUUUUAUCCAAUAAAAAACAAGUCACUUGGGUGGUGGUGUUAUUGAAUACAGCA